AAUUCUGAAUCUUCGUAGAACUCCGGGGCAGAUCCGAGUAGAAGGUAUAGGCGCCAAUGCAGCCACGUACACAAAGGGUUCCACAACUGUACGAUUGAGAUCCCUCGUUGACGAGACUUUCUCGAUGCAAUUUGAAGUCUACAUCCUACAAUCGAUUACGACUAUGACACCAAUAUGCAAGGUCGACUCCUCCGCCUGGGAUCACCUUUCUGGACUCCAGCUUGCCGAUCCAACAUUUGGUACUCCUGCCAAAAUUGAUCUACUUAUUGGCGCAGAUAUUUGGCCCGCUUUAAUUGCCGAUGGGAUUGCUGCGGGGCUCCAUGACGAACCGUGCGCGCUCUGUACCCGCCUCGGUUGGGUUGUGUUUGGCCCUGCGAUGGUCAAUACUCCAAAUCAUUUGACGCAUACUCUAACUGUCAGUAAAUGUAUAGGCGAUCAGCAACUGGAUAAACUACUGCAGAGGUUCUGGCAGGUUGAGGACAAUGGUCCUGCCGACGAACUCUCGGUAGACUCUUGUGAACGGAUUUUCAUUGACACUGUACGUCGCACAGCGAGUGGACGCUAUAGUGUACAAAUACCGUUUCUUCCGAAUGCUCCAGUGUUAGGAGAUUCAUAUCAAGCAGCGCGCCGUCAGUUUUUUCAUCUUGAGCGAAAAUUAGCUGGUGACCCUGAACUUCGCAACAAAUACAUCACGUUUAUGCAAGAGUACAUAGCACUCGGUCAUAUGAAUCCCGUGGAAGACGAUUGCUUCGACCCGACGCAAUGCUAUUACAUACCCCAUCAUGCGGUAACAGGGAAAUUUCGUGUGGUAUUCAACGCGUCCUGCAAAACCACAAGUGGAGUGUCAUUGAACGACACUCAGUUUUCGGGACCACAGCUGCAAGACAAUUUGAUUGAUAUUCUUCAUCGGUUUCGACGUUAUCGAAUAGCUAUAACAGCCGAUGUCAAGAAGAUGUUUCGACAGGUUGAGAUCAACCCCUUGCAUCGUAAAUGGCAACGCAUCUUGUGGCGGGAGUCACCAGUCGAACCACUACGUAGCUUCGAGUUGGCAACAGUAACAUAUGGAAUGACAAGCAGUCCAUACAAUGCGAUCCGCUCCUUACGCCAAUGUGCUGUAGAUAACUACAACAUUGUGGAGGACGAAAACCGGGCUUCUAGGGCAAGAAACAGUAUCCUUGAUGGAUUUUACGUCGACGACUAUUUGGAAAGUUUUGACUCUCUGUUGGAAGCUGUUAGUUGUGCUCAUGAUGUCAAUACGAUCCUUCGUCAAGGUCACUUCAUUCUUGACAAAUGGAACUCGAACUGCGCCAGAGCACUUCAUGCUAUCACCGAUCCAGGGAAAUCUGAAGUAGAAAUUGAAUUAUGCGAUUCCAACGCCACUGUGUUAGGCUUACAUUGGAAUCCGUUGAGCGAUGAGCUGUUUUUUAAGGUGAGAAUUGAGGACUCACAUACACUAUCCACAAAGCGUAGUAUCUUAAGUGACGUUGCAAGGCUGUAUGACCCGAUUGGUAUACUAGCGCCAGCUGUAGUUCUGGCCAAAAUGUUCAUUCAAACCCUGUGGAGGAAGGAUCUUAACUGGGACACUCCACUACCUGUGGAAUUACAAGACCAGUGGCUCGAAUUUCGAAAUGGUCUUGAAGAACUAACGCGAAUGCGUGUACCGCGUUGGUUAGGCAUGUCACCUCAUGCAUUUUGUACACUUCAUGGCUUCUGUGACGCUAGUUCGAAGGCGUAUGCUGCGGUUAUCUACGUGAAUAGUGGCGCCCAAGGAGAUUAUUCCAAUAUGACACUUGUUACUGCAAAAACCAAGGUGGCACCUGUGAAAGAGAUUACUAUACCACGCUUGGAACUUUGUGCUGCCCACCUGCUGGUAUUCACUCUACGUCAUGUGCAAAAGGCGCUCCGUUUAGACAACGUCCCUUACACACUCUGGAGUGAUUCAACUAUCGUUUUACAUUGGAUUCAUAAACAACCUUCAGUUUUGAAACAGUUCGUCGGUAAUCGAGUUGCAUACAUCCAGGCCCACACCAAGGUAGAAUGUUGGCGACACAUUCGCUCCGAGUACAAUCCGGCCGAUUGUGCAAGUCGAGGAAUUACGCCUGCAAGCCUUCUGCAUCAUCCGCUAUGGUGGACAGGUCCACCUUCUCGUUAUAUAUGCAUCGAAAACGAUCCAGUUGUGCCAGAACUAACGGAGGAGCAACUCCAGGCACAGACCCUAGAAUGUCAACAUUUUCGUACUCUUAUAACAACUCGCCAGGAUGAUCACCAAUGUCUUAUGACUUCUUCGAAUGGUCGCCAAAUCCCCCUCAUUGAGAAACUUAGCAUACUUAGUCGUGUUCUCAAUACAACAGCGCGAUUAAGACGUUUUCUGCCACGUUACAAGGGUAAGAGGUCGAAUAUUGUGACCGCAGAAGAAUACGAAUGGGCUCUGCUUCUAACUGUUAAACAAGCUCAAGGUAAGGCAUAUAGACGAGAAAUUAAUGCUCUGAAAUCAAAUUCCAGGUUAGACAGUCGAAAUCACCUAUUAGCCCUCAAUCCAUAUGUGGAUCAUGAAAGCAUUUUGCGAGUCGGCGGGCGUCUCCGAAAUGCAGAAAUAUCUAAUGAACAACGACAUCCAAUGAUUAUUCCCAAGGGAUCAUUUGCUAACUUAUUAAUUGCUGAUUCCCACAGACGAUGUCUUCAUGGUGGCAUCCAGCAAAUGUUACAGUACCUGCGACGACGGUUUUGGAUAAUUCACGCGCGCUCGCAAGUGAAGGCGUACAUAUGGAAAUGUACCGUGUGUCGGAGACAUCAACGUAUUCUCCAGAAUCAACAAAUGGCUUCGUUACCCCGUGAACGGGUACUUGUGGCUCCAGUUUUUUCAAACAGCGGCCUAGAUUAUUGUGGUCCGUUCCAUGUCCGCAUUGGUAGUAGAAGAUCAACUACAACAUCUAAGACAUAUGCUGCUAUAUUCGUCUGUAUGGCCUCACGAGCAGUCCAUAUAGAACUUGCUGAGGAUUUGAGUACGAGAUCCUUCAUAGACGUUUACGACCGAUUUAUUAGUCGCCGCGGUAUUUGUGCCAAGCUCUUCAGCGACAACGGUACCCAGUUUGUGGGCGCUGAUAAACAGAUGCGUGAAGAUGUGAAGGAAUGGGUAUCCUCAUACGCGCAACAGCACGUUGCUUAUGUUGGUACUCAAUGGAAGUUCAUUACCCCCGCUGCGCCACAUCAUGGUGGCAUCUGGGAAGCAGCGGUCCGCUCGGCCAAGAAGCAUCUACUUCGCAUUAUGGGCCAACAGUCAUUGCGAUAUCAUGAGCUUUUAACGCUAUUGACAAGAAUUGAAGCUUGUCUUAACUCUCGACCAAUUGUAGCCUUACAUGAUGACCCCGAAGGAGGACUAGCCUUAACCCCAGGUGAUUUCAUAAUUGGCCGACCAAUCAAUUGCCGUCCUGAGCCACCGUUACCAGAUAUACCGCACAACCGCUUACAUUAUUGGCAGCGCCUGCAAGGAAUGUUCGAACAUUUUUGGAAAAAUGAGUAUCUAAAUUCGCUUCAGGCCCGUAGCAAGAGGAUGCGGCCUGAACCAAACCUCCAAGUAGGAGAUGUCGUACUUAUUCGAAAUGAGAAUUUGCCACCCGCCUGUUGGCGCAUGGGUCGUAUCACGGACACCCAUCCUGGCAGCGAUGGCCUUGUCCGCGUCAUUACGAUAGAAUACAAUGGAGAUCGGUUGACGGACGAAGGCAUGUACGUCAAACGCCACUGUCAACGCCCUGUACAAAAGGUGGUAAGACUAACCGGAAUACACGAAGAAAUUCUGAACCGUGAGGGUUCAGCCGGGGAGGAUGUUCGAGAUUGAGAUUUUGUAUAGGGUAUAAUCCCCCAUCUAAGUUUGCAUACGCUACGCCUAUGGAGCAAAUAUCGCCUGAUUGUAGCGUUAUUUCUUCUUUCUUUUGUUAUUUGUAUUCAGCUAUUGACUUAUAGGCAUAUGUAUAUACAUAAGUAUGCUAGUGACGCUGACUGCUGCCUACUGUAUAUAUGCACACCGCUAGCAUAUGCUCUAUUCCCGAAAUCCUAAUUAGUUUACAUACAUAUCUACAUAUUAAGUAUAAGCGCAUCUAUUCGCACCUACAUAAAUUGUAUUACUUAUUGAUGUGCAGUUAUUAUCAUUGCACUUUUUGUACAUGUACCUACUGAACAAGCAGGCAUAUAAUUGCCGCUCAUUGCGGAUUUAAGUUAGUGCAAAGAAUAAAGUCGUGACGACAGGUCAUAUCAUUGGCAGUUCCU